AUGCAGGUUACACGUCUAGAAGAAGAAUUUUGGGACCAUUUGUUGUCACUUUAUUUUCUGAUACCAUUCUUAACGUGUACAUUGGCGCUUUAUCAGUACAAUAAAUAUCCAGCACGAGUAUUUGUCGGUGAUACGUUUUGUUAUUGGGCAGGGAUGACUUUAGCCGUUGUGUCGAUUCUUGGUCAUUUCAGUAAGACUAUGAUACUGUUCCUUAUUCCACAGGUGUUCAAUUUUCUGUACUCUUUACCACAACUCUUCAAGCUUGUGCCAUGUCCUCGACAUCGCUUACCGAAAUUUAAUCCGGAAACGAAUAAGGCAUGCAUGAGUAUGGCUGAGUUCAAGGAAUCGGAUCUCAAAUUUCUCGGAAAUUUGACUCUCAAACUAUUUUCUGCGUUCGGUCUACUUCAUACCAGGAGCUUUGAUAGAGAUGGGACGAGAUGGCGUGAAAUUAACAACCUGACCGUGCUGAAUUUAGUACUGAAGUUUGCUGGACCUUUGCAUGAAAAGACUCUCACAAAAGCCCUUCUUCUCAUCCAGUCAUUCUCAUGGUAA